GGUGCUGGAAGCUGUGCGACACAAAAUGAACGAGAAAAACCUUUGAAAAUCCGCCCACAGUGGCGUUUUGUGGGCUUGAAUCAGCCCGGAAAGGGGCGUGUGGGCCGGCGUGCGACUCGCCUGGGAAGAGGAUGGCAUUAAAUGACCCGUGAACCCUAAUUUUACACCCAACCGGAGCCCCUCCGGGUCGGUCGCGCCGCGCAUCGAACGAACCCUCGCUCUUUUUGGUAGUGCGUCUGCUUUCUGGCGUCUCUACGUGCCGCGCGCCCGGGCGGGGACCUGACGGGUCAGGAACAACAAUGGGAGAAGUUUGUGACGCGCAGCGCAGAGAGACAUGGCUUUUUGUGACUUGGCAAGUCUGCAACGUUUUCAUGUCUUUAUUCUUCGCUCUUGCCACAUAUGUACAGAUCAAUGAUCCAGACGCGGGGUUGUGGAUGGUCGGCUACGGGGUUCCCGCGGUCCUGUGUGCGUUCAUUGGCCUCAAGCCCCGCGUGACAGAGACUUUGCCCUGGAGGCGUGUCGCUGAUCUGCAUGUGAUGAUAUCCGGCGCUGCUGUUGCCGUGUUAGGUCGGGCGCUUUACAAAGGGCGGAUCACGCACAUCUUCCAGCAGGAGGAGGGCAGAGAAUUUUCUGGUCUCAUGCUGACGGUUGUUUGGCUUCUCCUGUGUCGCCACUCCGGAAGGGCUCCAGUCGGGAUGCUCCGAGUCUCUACGGCCGCCGCCAUCACAGUCUUCCCCUUCGUGGCCUGGCUUUACUACUACAUCAACAAGGAGCUGAGAGCCAGCUGGCCUUCACAUUGUAAAACUGCUAUUUAGACCUAGACGUCUCAAUAUAUAUAUAUUUUUUUUUUUCAGCUAAUUAGUCAUUCAUUUUUUUCGAUGUUGUUAUGACUGAAAAUCCUGGACCACGUACGCUGCUUGAGUAAACAUUUUGUAGCAUCGUUAUAAGCUCAUUUCUUUGGAAAUUGUGUCAAUUUCCAAAGAAAUUAUGUAUUUUGUCUAAUGUUUGCCCACAAACUUUAUUGCAUCAGUACUACAAUCUCUAUCUUUCCCUUUAAAGUUCAAUUUGAUGCAUAAUUGUGGACUGAUAUGGAUUAAAGAUUUAAGAGAUGUUGAUGAUUUUUACAUUUACUCUGAUAUUUCUCUUUCAAAUGAAGUGCACUGUGUAAAUAGUAUAAAAUUUGCUAAUAAAAAAAGUGAAUCAA